AUGCUAUCCCGGCGGAUACUCGGCCAGGCAGCCCGAUUAUCGACGAGUCGUCGACUUGCUGCUGAUUUUGAGAUCUCCGAGCCGUCAUCCCACGUUUUCCACGUCGAAAUCAACCGCCCCGCGCAACGCAACACGUUUGCCAUCGAGCAGUGGAGGGAGCUCCGCAAAAUCUUCACCGACCUCUCCGACAACCCGAAAUGCCGUGCGAUCGUCAUUUCCGGGCGCGGGAAGAGCUUUUGCGCGGGCAUCGACUUGAAGGAGGGCAUCACGCAGCUAAUGGGAAUCACGAACGACCCGGAGCUCGAUACCUCGAGGAAGGCCAGAAAACUCGGGAAGUAUAUCGAGGACGCACAAGAAAGCUUCACGUCGAUCGAGUCUUGUACGAAGCCGGUAAUCGUCGCUAUUCACGCUCACUGCGUUGGCGCGGGGAUUGACCUGGUUACGGCGUGCGACAUUCGAUAUGCCUCUAACGAUGCCGUGUUUUCGAUCAAGGAAGUUGACGUUGGGUUGGCCGCCGAUGUGGGGACGUUGAAUCGUAUCCAGAAGCUCGUCGGCAACGAUUCCUUGACGCGCGAGCUGGCCUACACGGCGCGCGAUUUCACUGCCGACGAAGCCUUGAAAUACGGGAUGAUUUCCGACAUUUUACCCGAUCAGCGGGCCGUCAUCGAGAAAGCGUUGGCAACGGCGACGCGGAUUGCCGAGAAAAGCCCAAUUGCUGUGCAGGGCACCAAAAUAAACCUGAACUACGCGCGGAACCACACGAUCCGGGAUUCGCUCGAAUUCGUCAGGGUGUGGAACCAAUCGCAGCUGCUCAGCGAGGAUCUGAUGACGGCCGGGAUGGCGGCGAUGCAGAAGCAAAAAGCUACCUUCAACGAUGUU